AUGUCCCAGCUAUCAAAGCUCCUCCGCCACGCCGCCGAUACAAGCCUCAUCCCCAGCGACUCCAUCAAGCCCUCGGUCAUAACCCGUCACAUACUUAACCAUAACUCUCCGAGCACACCAGCCAAUAUCAGCACCGCCGCCACGGACAGACGGACCAGACGUACCAACAUGGCUGACGAUAACAAAACGAAUGAAAAGAAGCCAGCUGUCCAAGAACCCGGGAUCCCAAAGCCAGCCACUCUCCGCAAAAGGCCAUCCUGGAUCAAUAUCGAAAACUGCAAAAACGACAGCUUGUUCCGACAGACUUUCGCAAGCCCAGAGCACAAGGAGUUCCUCGAAGAUAGCAUGAUCCCACUUCCCUCGCCUAAUGAUGGAGCGAAACGUGGCCAGAUAUAUAGCCCUACCCGGAUCCGUCGAACGGCGAGCUCAACUUCUAACCAGCGUUCUGCAAGUCAGGAAUCCACUACAUCGGCCUGGUCUCAUAAGAGUGUGAUUGAGGAGACGAAAGAUCAGAAGGAGAUGAAGGUGGAGGAAAUCGAAGGUGGGUUUACGUCGGAACUUGGUACAAAGUCCAAAGCGCGUCGGAAAAAGAUAGGCGUUGGCCGUCCGGAGAACGAUAAUGGCGGAAAGCCUCCCAAGAAGGUUAUUCAGCAUUGGAUACGAAAUGAGGCAAAUGCGCACUUCACAUUAGGGAUGCCUCUUGGACAACUAGAGGAAAAGCUGCGAGACGGUGUACUCGAACGCGAAAUGGAUGAGCAUUCUGGGGAAUGGAUACGUGCGUACGGGCUGGCUGACGACGAGUGA